AUGUCUUCAACCCUAGUCCCCUCAGACCCGGCCAAGGUCAUGGUCAUCCGUGAAGUUGUACCCAGGGUCAUCACAACAUUGUCCGUUCCCUUCUGGCGAUUUGGCAAGAUAAAGAUUGGUGGACGAGGCACCAUUGUGCGCCUCCAGUCAGGCUCUCUCGCUGUCUUCUCGCCUGUUGCUCUUACCGAUGAAGUCAAAGCCAAAGUCGCGGAGCUAGGAGAAGUCCGCUACAUUUGCGCGCCCGACGCUGAGCACCACAUCUUCCUCGGCCCCUGGCACGCGGCCUACCCUCAAGCCCAAAUCAUGGGUCCCGAGACCCUCCCCGAACUUCGUGCCAAAGACAAGACCAAGGAAAACGUCCCCUUCGCGUUCCUCUUCCGCGCCUCCAAGACUCUUGAUACCAUCUCGCCCGAGUUUGACGCCGAGUUUGACUGGGAAUACGUCCACGCCCACGCCAACAAGGAAAUCGUGUUUCACCACCGCCCCACGCGCACACUCAUCGAGGCGGACUACCUAUUCAACAGCCCGUCGACAGAGCAGUUCUCCAAGUCAGGCGUCGACCCCAGCUCGGGCAUCUACACAAGGAUCUUUGGCGCUCUGACGAGUACUCAGGGCAAGGCGAUGGCGCAGCAGAGGAUGAUUUGGUGGGGCACCAGCGCGGGUGACAGGAAGAGCUUUGCUGCAUCCACAGCGAGGAUCAACAAGUGGGACUUCGACAGGCUUAUUCCGUGUCACGGUGAUGUGAUUGAGACUGGAGCGAAGAGUGUGUUCCAGAAGGUGUUGAGGUGGCACCUGGACCUGGCGACCAAGGAGGGAUUCAAAGACGCCUAG